ACAUAAUAUUAACCAACAUGAAUACAACAGAGAGCUUCACGAUGAGCACACUAAAACUGGGCUUAGUAUAUUGCUCAUUGAUAUUUAAUGUACUAUUUGUGUACAAGUAUUUGCAUGGCAGUCAUGAUUUAGUUGAUCAGAAAUGGAGCAAAUCUGCAGCAGGGGAAGCUGAAGCAGUGGCCGCGGUAUCGUGUUCAGGGCACGGAAGAGCUUACGUGGAUGGGAUUAUAUCUGGUGAUGGAAAGCCUGUCUGUGAGUGCAACGCAUGCUUUACAGGCCUUGACUGUUCUCAAUCUGUCCCGGGAUGUAUACUCGACGCUGAUAGUGGGAAUCCCAUUUACUUGGAGCCUUAUUGGAUGCAACACGCGGCUAGCACCGCCAUAGUUUUGUCUGGUUGGCACCGGAUGGGGUACGAAUACGAUGAUGGUUCUCUCAUUUCUAAAGAGCUUCAUUCUGAAAUCUUCAAACUACAUGAUAUUGUGAAGAACGUCAACACAACGGGUAGAUAUCUUAUUUUUGGCGCUGGAUCAACUCAACUUUUGGGUGCAGCAGUUCACAGCCUGUCACUCGAAUCAUCGCAACCUGCCAAGGUUGUUGCUUCGGUCCCAUAUUAUCCGGUCUACAAGUCGCAAACGGAGCUGCUUGAUUCUACCAUGUAUAAGUUUAUGGGUGACACAUCAUUGCAAAACAAAUCAGAUUCAUCAACUAACUUCAUAGAAUUUGUAACGUCCCCGAAUAAUCCAGACGGUCAGUUAAAGAAGGCUGUUCUUGAAGGCUCAAACAAAAUUCAUGAUCUUGCGUACUACUGGCCUCACUAUUCACCAAUUGUGGCUCCUGUUGACGAGGACAUCGCUAUAUUCACACUAUCCAAGCUCACUGGUCAUGCUGGUAGCCGAUUUGGAUGGGCUUUGAUCAAGGACAAAGCUGUAUAUGAAAGAAUGGUGAAAUACAUGGACCUAAACACUUAUGGCGUUGCCAGAGAAACUCAGCUGCGAGCACUUAAACUCUUACAACAUGUUGUUCAAGGAAGGGGCAAUGACCUAUUUGAAUUCGGAUAUGGAACAAUGAAACGUAGAUGGGAACUGUUAAGCAAAACUUUGGAAGCUUCCCAACGGUUUUCUGUACAACAUCUCUCAUCUCAAUACUGCACAUUCUUGGACUCAUACCGUACUCCUUCUCCAGCUUUUGCGUGGAUAAAGUGUGAACAAGAGGAUGAUGAGGAGUGCUCGAAAGUGGUGCUGGGCGAAGCAAAAGUGAUUGGCCGGGCAGGCAGUUUAUUUGGAGCUGGGAAUGGUUACGUAAGAAUCAGCCUCACCGACAGCCAGGACCAUUUUAACAAUUUGCUUAACCGAAUGAAGAAGUUGGUUUCGCAGGAGAGAACACAAUCAGGAACUCGGCUUCAUUUUGAUACAACUGCAAAUAAGACAUGGGACGUGGAGUAUCAAAAUAUGGGAGUGGAUCAAGAGAUGCAGGGUAGUUUAGAUGGAAAAACAAGUGUUGCAGUACAUCUCCAAGCAGCAAUUACUUUUGCUGCCACAUGACUUAACAGCUUUGAACCUAGCUAGCUCACGAGAUCAGUCAGCUCAACUCAAAGUAGUUUUUAGUUAGAAUGCAGCAUGCAGAAUCACUUGCCUAAGGAUUCAAUUAUUGCUAUAUACAAGAUAUAGAUAUACUUGUACAGAAGAUUAGUUUCAUGCAUAUAGAGAUUAUAGAAGCUCACAUUG